CCCAAUGAAAAUGGUUUACCUCCGGUAAGGAAUUCCUUACAUUCAUGCGGUCAUGUAAUUUGAGUUGUCGGGUUAAGAUCGGUCAGUUCAAAUUUCAAUUUUAUAUCUACCAUCAGAUAUUGAUAAAAUGUAUAAACCGACCGAUCUUAAUUGGACGACUUAGAUUGCGUGGCUGCGUGAAUGUAGAGUAUCACUAACGGCAUAAAAUCUGAAUCUCUCUCAAAAACCAAAUAAAUAGCCAUAUACCCACCCCAUUUAUCAUUUUUGGCUCUCACUCUAAAAUCCCAAUGUCCACAGCUCCUUAUCUUAUAAAUCACAAUGCCCACUUCAAACCUUAGCUUAUCCUACACAAACCCAUCAUCAUCAACCAUGGACUGGUUCUCAUGGUUAUCAAGAACAAGUCUUGACCCUUCCCUCAUCUAUGACUAUGGCCUCAUCUUCGCCCGGAACGAGCUUCAAUUGGAAGAUGCAAGCCACUUCAACCAUGAGUUUCUUCAGAGCAUGGGAGUCUCAAUUGCCAAGCACAGGCUAGAAAUUCUCAAGCUUGUAAAGAAGGAACAAGUAGCAGCAGCAGCAAGACCAAAAAAGCUUUCUGGGGUGAUCAAGAGGUAUCUGAGAAAAUGCAUGAACAAGUUUGUUUUUCAAGAACAACUUGAAGUGAAAAAGAAGAACUUGCCUGUGUCAGUGCCAGUGCCAGUGCCAGUGACAGUGACACAACCAGAGGGUAAUUGGUAUCAAGAGAAGUGGAAAGGAGCAAUUGUGAAGGAAGAAAGGCAAGUUCCCAAGUACAAAAGCAGGACAAUAGCACUUUCAGGACCAUUGGAUGGAAGAAUGCAUGAGAAGAUGAUAAACCACAAUAAGUCCUUGAAGCUAUCUGGGCCAAUUGAUGGAAGAAUGAAUGAGAGAAUGAUGAUGUACACUAAUAGGAGUCCUUUGGUUUCUAAGCCUUUGGAAAGAAGGUUCACAGCACCAAGGAGUCCAAGAGUAUCAGGGCCUCUGGAUAUGAUGGUUGAGAAUAGAACUCCAAGACUAGCAAGGCCUUCUGAUGCAACAAAAGCUGAGAAUGAGAACUUGAUGGGUUACAGUCCUUAUAACAAGCCUAAAGAUGACUAUGAUUAUGAUGAGGAUGAUGAUGAUCACACACUCUGGCCUACACUGUUUCAGGAUCUGAAACCAACUUGAUUAUUUUAAUUUAUCUUUGUUUUCUUGGUGUGUGCCUCAUUGGUGAGUGAGGAGAACACUUUUUUUUUCCUUUUAUAGUUUAUAAUAGUAGUGUUACAUUAGCAUAUGAAAUCCAUAUUGUUUUGCUCGGACACUUUCUUUUAUUCUAUGCAUUCUCUGGUUCUUCAACAAUUUGUUUAUACAUUAUUAUGUUUCAGCAAUUGGUAACAUUCUCUGAAGGACUGACAAGCAAGUACAGCUCCACUAAGAGGUCAUAAAUAAUUAUAUUAUCAUAUUGUAAAGCAACACAGACAACGAUUAUGGAUGAAUGUGAUUACCUCUAAAUGUC